UUUGUUUUGCUUUUAAGCUCUUCUAGUCCUUUUCAAAUCCAUUCAUGUUGUUUGUCGCUCGUUAUUCGUGUUUGUGUAGCCUGUUUUUAGUUGCGCGCGUUGAGUUUAUUAUUGAUAUAGUACCUUGUACCUGCUACUAUUAGUGUACUGUGUAUUGAAUGGUGGAAUAAGUCAGAUGGCGAAUGAAUCAAGGUCCUACCUGUGUGGUUUAUUCCGCGCCAGACCAAGGCCGACUAGAGACAAUGGACUACGGGGAGUCGAAUUCUCGCCGAGGUCCUCCAUCGCAAGUUCAGUAGCUCCUGCUGCUGCUAUAUCACAGCCGGGCCGUGCCACAACGAUCCUCGAUAACCCGGAAUUGGCUGGAUACUACUCGCCUCCAGGUCCUCGGGCGAUACCCCCACCAAACCCGUCCCAGGAAUUAAGGGGCUACUAUGCCCCUGAGCCAGCUCUGGUUCCCGCUGUGCAGCUAAGGGUCCAUCCUACGAAGGUGGCAUAUUCGUGAACAUAUAGGCAUUUCUCUAUCUCGCAGAUAUACGACCAUCAUACCCUUACUCAUCAGUCUCUUAUACCCCCCGUCGAAGGAGACAGUGCCGGACGAUUACAUAUUUUACCAUGUCAAUAGGACAAGAAACAGACUUGCCGGUUUACUCGGCGUUACGUACUGCAUCAUAAGGGAGCUCUCUGGGGAGCCAUUCGUCUCAUCUAUAACUACUGGCAGCUUCAUGACAUAGACUCGUUAGUAACGAGUGACUUUUGCUUUUUUACCCCAUAUAUUCUACUUAGCCCAAGUUACGCAGCGAAGAAUCUAUUGAAUUUUGAAAUCAAAUUAAGCGAUGUGUGAAAAUCGAAUAUGUUACGUGGGAGCUAUGGUGUUGGUUGCGAUGAGAUCAAAGAGAUGAACUUACAAGUAAAUAGGGAGCACAUCUCAGAUUUUAACUUACCGCAAGGU